AUGGUCAAGGAAGAUAAAUCCACAUGGAAGUCCAACUACUUCCUUAAAAUCAUUCAACUCCUCAAUGAAUAUCCCAAGUGUUUCAUUGUCAAUGCUGACAAUGUUGGCUCCAAACAAAUGCAGAUGAUCCGAAUGUCUCUCCGAGGCAUGGCUGUGAUCCUUAUGGGUAAAAAUACUAUGAUCAGGAAAGCUAUACGUGGUCAUUUGGAUCAAAAUCCAGGCCUUGAAAGGCUGCUGCCUCACAUAAAAAACAAUGUUGGCUUUGUGUUCACAAAGAGUGACUUAACUGAAGUCAGGGAAAAACUCAAGGAAAACAAGGUAAAAGCCCCUGCUCGUGCUGGUGCCAUUGCCCCCUGUGAUGUCCAGGUUUCAGCUCAGAAUACUGGGUUAGGUCCUGAGAAGACUUCUUUCUUCCAGGCUUUGUCUAUCCCAACCAAAAUUUCCAGAGGUACUAUUGAAAUCUUGAAUGAUGUCCGUCUCAUCAAAGAAGGUGACAAGGUUGGAGCUUCAGAAGCUACACUUCUUAAUAUGUUGAACAUCUCUCCAUUCUCAUAUGGUUUGGUGAUUGAGCAAGUGUUUGAUUCUGGUACUGUAUUUGCUCCUGCUGUUUUGGACAUAACUGAUGAGGAUAUUAGAAAAAAAUUCAUGAAUGGUGUUACUAACGUGGCUUCACUGUCACUUGCCAUUGGCUAUCCAACAAUGGCUUCUGCUCCACAUAUGUUGAUUAAUGGAUUCAAGAACUUGUUGGCAAUCUCUCUGGAAACCAAAGUAACAUUUGCAGAAGCCCAGACCAUUAAAGACUUGUUGAGUGAUCCUGAAAAACUAUCAGCCAUGUUAGCAGCAUCAGCAGCUGCAACAGCUGCUGCUCCUGCAGCCUCAUCAGGUGACGCUCCUGCUGCAGUAGAAGAGAAGAAAAAGGAAGAAUCUGAAGAGGAGUCUGAUGAAGAUAUGGGAUUGGGGUUGACUUUGUUCUCUUCUUCAACUAUAUCUCUUUCUUCAACUAUAUCUCUCUCUUCUUCAACUAUAUCUCUCUUCAACUAUAUUCUUUCAACUAUAUCUCUUCUUCAACUAUAUCUCUUUCAACUUCAACUAUAUCUCUCUUCAACUAUAUCUCUUCAACUAUAUCUCUUCUUCAACUAUAUCUCUUCUUCAACUAUAUCUCUCUCUUCUUCAACUAUAUCUCUCUUCUUCUUAUCUCUUCUUCAACUAUAUCUCUUCUUCAACUAUAUCUCUUCUUCAACUAUAUCUUCUUCAACUAUAUCUCUUCUUCAACUAUAUCUCUUCUUCAACUAUAUCUCUUCUUCAACUAUAUCUUCUUCAACUAUAUCUCUUCUUCAACUAUAUCUCUUCUUCAACUAUAUCUCUUCUUCAACUAUAUCUCUCAACUAUAUCUCUCUUCUUCAACUAUAUCUCUUCUUCAACUUCUUCAACUAUAUCUCUUCUUCAACUAUAUCUUCUUCAACUAUAUCUCUUCUUCAACUAUAUCUCUCUUCAACUAUAUCUCUUCUUCAACUAUAUCUCUUCUUCAACUAUAUCUCUUCUUCAACUAUAUCUCUUCUUCAACUAUAUCUCUUCUUCAACUAUAUCUCUUCUUCAACUAUAUCUCUUCUUCAACUAUAUCUCUUCUUCAACUAUAUCUCUUCUUCAACUAUAUCUCUUCUUCAACUAUAUCUCUCUCUUCUUCAACUAUAUCUCUCUCUUCUUCAACUAUAUCUCUCUCUUCUUCAACUAUAUCUCUCUCUUAUUCAACUAUAUCUCUUCUUCAACUAUAUCUCUCUCUUCUUCAACUAUAUCUCUCUCUUCUUCAACUAUAUCUCUCUCUUCUUCAACUAUAUCUCUCUCUUCUUCAACUAUAUCUCUCUCUUCUUCAACUAUAUCUCUCUCUUCUUCAACUAUAUCUCUUCAAACUAUAUCUCUUCUUCAACUAUAUCUUUCAACUAUAUCUCUUCUUCAACUAUAUCUCUUCUUCAACUAUAUCUCUUCUUCAACUAUAUCUUCAACUAUAUCUCUUCUUCAACUAUAUCUCUUCUUCAACUAUAUCUCUUCUUCAACUAUAUCUCUUCAACUAUAUCUCUUCUUCAACUAUAUCUCUUCUUCAACUAUAUCUCUUCAACUAUAUCUCUUCUUCAACUAUAUCUCUUCUUCAACUAUAUCUCUUCAACUAUAUCUCUUCUUCAACUAUAUCUCUUCUUCAACUAUAUCUCUUCUUCAACUAUAUCUCUUCUUCAACUAUAUCUCUUCUUCAACUAUAUCUCAACUUCAACUAUAUCUCUUCUUCAACUAUAUCUCUUCUUCAACUAUAUCUCUUCUUCAACUAUAUCUCUUCUCUGA